GCGCCGCACCGCGCGAGAAGGGCAGCGCCGGGAAGGCGAAGAAGGGCAAGGGCGCCAGGGCCAGCCGGCCCGCCGACGGCGAGGACGACCCGGAGGGCGAGCCCGACGCUGCGGACGGCCGCGCGGGCAGGGGCCGCGGCAAGGACAAGGGCCGAGGCUCCAGGCGAGAGGAGGGCGGCGGCAAAGGUGGAAGCGGCGGCGCCAGCAGAG